GGUGACGGAGAAUUAGGGUUCGAUUCCGGAGAGGGAGCCUGAGAGAUGGCUACCACAUCCAAGGAAGGCAGCAGGCGCGUAAAUUACCCAAUCCUGACAUAGGGAGGUAGUGACAAUAAAUAACAAUACUGGGCUCUUUCGAGUCCGGUAAUUGGAAUGAGAACAGUCGUAAACUCCUAAUCGUCAGAUCAGAUUGAUGAGCCCAUUUUUCCUCUGUGACAGCACAGACAUUCACUCAAAAACUUCCCACUGGCAAAGAGGAUUAUAGUAAGAGUCUUAAUGUGGACGUGUUUGUGGACAGGCAAGGAGAAGGGAAAAUCGACGGAAGGCGGGUCAGGGGAUAAAAAGGGAGGGAGUGGAGACGAGAAUGGGAAAGGGAAAGGGAAGAACAACGAUAAAGACGGGGACACUAACGGAAGGAAAGUAGGCAAGGGGAAAGAGGGAGAGGAGAGAGACGGGAAGAAAGGAGGGGAGGGUUCGGAGGAGAAAGAUCGGGAGGAAGGCUCAAAGGGAGUGGAGGACAGGGUAAGGGAUGGCGGCAACGCGAGUGGGAAUAACCCGAUUGGGGAUGCGCCAGACCCCGUAGGGGAAAAGGGAGCAUGUUCGAAAUCGGAAGGAACCCCCUCCCCUCCUACCCGUCAGGAAGACCACAUGGAUGAGGAUCGAGCGGUAGUACGGGAGAAAAGGAAACGAGAUGACAGUAGAUUAGAGGAUGAUACGGACGAGGAGUUUCAAGCAGCGAAGGCAUUGGACGAAGAAGAGGAGGAGGAUGAAGAGGAGGAGGAGGAAAUGGAGGAGGAGGAAGAGCAGGGGGAGGAGGAGGAAGAGGAAGAGGAGAUUGGUCUAAGGCCUCUGUACGGGGUCGUGGAUGGCCAGUUCCAGUCGGAAUACAUCAACAAAGCAUAUGAAGACGAUGGCUCAGCACCCGAAUCUCCAGGCAGUAAGGAGAUCCGGCCACUGUCGGAAUGUCGGGAUCUGGGUACCUCUUCCCCGGGAAAAGGGAAGCCUUUUUUCUCCUCAGACGAGGACUAUGUGGAUUGCGAUGAAGAGCAUGCCAGCCCGUUUUUGUGCGAGCAGUUUUCAGGGGAUAGUAUUUCCGGAUCAACUCAGCGCAGGAUCUCUGCCUCAUCCCCCAAAGAUGAACAGAUUUCCCCUGGGAAGAAACUAAGGAAAUCAGCUGGAUAUCCUACCACUAGCACGACGGAACCCUCAGAUAUGCAGACCAAGAUUCCACACAAACACAAGGUUCAGCCUAGCAAGUCUAGUAAGCCUCAUUCCCUCUCGCUUGCCCCCCCAAUGCAAACACUGUCAAAGGGCGACAAAGCCAGGGGAACUGUGGAUGAGCUGACAGUUCCAUUGAUUAUCACACAUUCCUCUCACGGGACGAUGGUCCUAACUAAGACACAAUCGGACGAAUCUCUGGUUCUUCCGUCCUUUCACUCAACUGGCCCAACUGUGGAUUCCCAGGUGAUUGAGAGGACAGAGAAGCAGAUAUUACAGGGUCAUGCGUCAUGCAGGAUUUUGCCCAAGCCUAAGACGGACAGGUAUAUCGUGACCAACUCCAAGGGAGGGAAAACGAUUCUGCAUUUUCGCUUCCUGGCUCUGAGAAUCGAACAUUUAUCUCUACUAAACCUCAAAGCCCAGGAAAUACACUGGAUGUCACUGUCUCACUUUCUGGACGUUGGGAUAGAUACCCUCAGAGAUAUCACCAUCUCUAGGGAGAUCUCUGCACUCAGCGUGGCGCAGUGGCUUACACAAACUGAUCAGUUGGAUUUUGUUUUUUCUCCUGCCUUUGCGGAAAGCCUAAAGUCCACAUGUUGGGAGCAAGUGCAUACUCCAGAUUCCAGAAUCAAGAAAGUGGCGUCCAGAUACCUAUGGAAACCGUCGGCCACAGAACUUCAAGGCUUCAUCCCCAAAGUGGCCUGGGAGACGGUUGCCACAGCAAGGGACAUGGGGGGACUAGGAAUUCUAGACCCCCUCCAUCAGAACUUGGCACUUCUCUGAUAAUGGGUAGUAUCGGGCACUUGGGGUAACAGAAAUCGGCCUUGGGUCAACUUUGCUGAGUACAUCCUCACGAAGGAAUGGAAUGUUUCCAAGUCUGUGGAUGUCUGGCGCUGUAUGUUCAUCCCCUCCUUCAUUCACCGUCGCCCUAAGUCUAGGCUGUGGAAAAGCAUCCUAUCCGCGUGGUAUAAACUUUUUCCCAACGAGAGACGACCCCCUUCCACUAAGCUAGAAUGCUUAAACCAAUUCCUAUUUGAGA